UUUGAGCAUUGGAGCCACGAGCAUCCACUCAGUUUGGUGGAAGCUUGUGGGGGAGAAUACUGCUAUGGUUGUGACGAUCGGUUUAGCAGCGGAGAGCAAGCUUAUGGAUGCAGCAUCGGUGGGUGUAACUACUCAAACUUAUUACACGAAGAAUGUGCAACAACGGCAAGAAAGAUACGACAUCCAUCGCACCACCCUCAACACAUACUCGUUCAACAACACGAACCGGAUUUAAAUCGUUGUUCUACCUGUGAAAGGUAUAUUUGGAGCAUUGGUUACAAAUGUACAUGCUCUGAAUGUAAGUUCGAGAUGCACUUGAGAUGCUCGCAAAGUGAUGGGCUGAUCAAUGCAGUAGCAGACGAUGACGUUGAGCAAAUCCGCGACAUUAUACGCCAUCCAAGUCAUCCGGACCACGACAUGAAGUUGUUGAGAAGAAGGUGUUCAUUCAAGUGCGAUGCUUGUGGCACCACAGGCGCCAAAGGGAGUUCCUCCUACACAUGCACCGCAGAUGCUUGCCAGUAUUGGAUCCAUGAGAGAUGUGCUUCUUUGCCUCAAAGCUUGAAAAGGGAAGACCAUCAUCACCCUCUUUCUCUCUCUUUUCAUGUCCCACUUGAAUAUAUCAUAUUUGACUACAAAUGUGAUGUAUGCAGCAAAAUUCUGCUGCCCAAAAAUUGGUUAUAUCAUUGUCAAAUUUGUAGAUAUAUUGUCCACAUCAAGUGUGCCUUCGACAAGCCGCCUCGCAUCAUUGAGAAUAUAGGGAAAGACAUUAUUCAUCUUCCAGCGAAUGAGGUGGCCGGGGAACUAAUUACACCGUUUGUGAUGAGACAAAGAGGAGGAGAAACAUUGAUACCACCCAUCAUCAUCCCUGCUACUGCUGCUGAUGAGUUGAUGAAGGUGAAAUAUAAGUUCAUUCAUCACCAAUAUCAGCUCACUUUACUGUCAUCUGGCAAUCGAAGCCAAGAAGAAGAAGAAGAAGAUGAGGAGAAUUAUGGAGUGAGAUCGGAAUUGAUAUGUGAUGGGUGCAUCACUCCUAUAUCUUCAUCUUCAAACUACUAUAUGAGCUGCGGUGAAUGCAGAUACAAUCUUCACCUGGCUUGCUAUCACUUGCCACCUCAACUCUCCUCACAUCCACUCCACCAACAUGAUGAUCACCAGCUAGUCCUCCAAUCUUUGGACAAACACCAACCUUGGACGAGGAAAGAGUGCAGUGUUUGCGAGUAUGAAACUAAUGGGCUGUUUUACACCUGUACAAAGUGCAGCUUCAAAGUAGAUAUCCAAUGCGCUUGUAUGCCGGAUACCAUACACCACGCAGCUCACCCGCGACAUCUCCUCAAGCAUGUGACUCAGUCCGAUCUAAGCAGAGAUAUCAACCGACGACACUUGUGGUGUGCUGCUGGUUGUGAUGACGGCAUAACCUAUUACGAUUGUUACAGGUGCAGCAACAACUCAUGUGAUUUCAUAGUGCACGUCAGAUGCGCUUUGCUGCCUGUGUCGGUCAGCAGCCGUAGAUGGGACGAGCACCACCCGCUGCUGCUGACGUACAACGCCACUCUCAACCGUCCUGGUGAUUUCUACUGCGACCAAUGUGAGACACAGAUGAAUCCCAGGAGCUGGAUGUAUCGCUGCCACGCCUGUGAUAUAUCCUUCCAUCCUAAAUGCUUUAUAACUACAUCCGGCAGAUAUAGAAACUGGAAGUUGGGGCAGAAAUAUGUGAAUGACGCAGUUCACCAACACCCUCUCACCUUUCAACUUCUCACCACAAAACGCCGCUGCGACAAUUGUGGUUGGGAUAAAUAUGAACGGCAAGGAUUCUACUGUGCAUUAUGCAACUUCUUCAUUUGUUACUACUUCUGCAGUAGAGGAUUGAUUAAAAAUGUUGAUUGAGAGAAAUUAUCAUACUUUGUCUAGAAUUACUCAAUUCUCCCUCUUUCUACUCGUAUUUGUAUGUUAUUAUUAUCAUGACUUAUUGUUAUAAAUUUGUAUACUUUUCAAAUU